AGAAGCUGAAACUUGUGCGGUGCGUCGUCUCCGGUGUGUGUCUGUGUGGGGGAAAUUCAUUUCAUCCUCACUCCAGGAGGGUUAUCCAGCAGCCUACACACAUGCGUGGACUUUGUUAUUUGAUCCUGUCUAUUCUCUCUCGAGUUUAUGGCAGCACUGUGAGAGUGGUGGGCGUCGUCGGCCAUAAUGUGACUCUACCGUGCGCCUACGAUGCCCUGUCUUAUGGAUCUUUGAGUUUCUGUUGGGGCAAAGACGCAGUCCCCACGUUCAGAUGCUCAAAUACCAUAUUUUCGUGGACGGGUGGAGCGCCACAGAGCAGGUGGGGGCCCCGGUACCAGCUGAGGGGGUCACUGGACGAGGGAGAUGUGUCGAUGACCAUCACGAGCACAGACUGGAGCGAUGCCGGGGUCUACGGCUGCAGGGUGGAGAUCCCAGGACCUUUCAAUGAUCUCAAAGUCAACAUUAAACUGGAGAUAGAGGAAGCUCCAGAGGAAGAACCAACAGUGAGUCCGAGCUACACUCAACAAAAGACAGAAGGCUCCGCCCCUCCUCUGUUCGACCUCACGGCUGAGGCCCACGUUUUAAGAACCAUCACUGAAAAAGAGCUGGACUUGUUGAGUUUUCUGGGAGUUGAAAACAUGGGCAGGUUGGCGGCGGUUUUGCUCGUCACUAUAAUCCUAAUCCUCCUCUUUAUUUUCUGGAGACGACUGCUGCCUCCUAAAGCUCCAGAGCAGAGUGAGACGUCAGCACCAGAAAACGUCUACGAGAGCAUCCCACUGCAUUAGUGAUAAGUGAAUAUAAUGAGGGGCCACUCUGAGGCAGGGCAUCUGACGAGAAUUUAAAUGAGUCGGUUUGAAGGAGCAGUUUUAAAAGCCCCUUUGAAGAGCCACACAGAUAAAUGUAUUUAGUCUGUGCAUUUCAUUUACAGCAAAUCCAAUUAUUCUGAUGUGAAAAAUAAAAACAUGUUGGACAAAGCUCAUAGUCUGAGGGAACACUGCCCUCUACUGGACUGAAGUCACACUGCUCUUAUCAACACAAACCUGAUGAGUGUUUUAAAUGACUGUGGCUCAGUGAGUACAGCAGUGUCCCCCCGACCUGAAGGUCAGGCCAAGUUCUAACACUGAGCCACAUUUUGUACAUUUCCUUCUACAUUCUCU